UGGCUGAAGCCUUCAGGCCAGGCUGGGCUGUGCAGAGCAGCAGGAGCAUUCUUUCAAGGUAAUGAUUAAGCCGAGCUCCUGUCAAGAGCACUGGCUACUGGGCUGGGAAGGUGAGCCCUAUUCACACCUUGGCCAGGCCGUGGUGGCCAGGACUGGUUUACAAAGGCAGGGCUCCAGGGCUCAGGGGGCCCCAGUCAGCAGCCGCAGCCUCCUGCCUGGUCACAGGCUUUCUGGAGCAUCUUAGGGCCGGAGUCUCUGCUGCCUGCCCCACUGGAACCUUGUCCCAGUCCUCAGCACCAUGAAGCUCCAGGUGUUCUGGACUGGGCUGGAAUAUACCUGUCGGCUCCUGGGCAUCACCACUGCUGCAGUGCUGAUCGGCGUGGGCACCGAGACCUUGUUCCAGGGCCAGUACAAAAGCCUGGCUUUCUAUCUGCUGUUUAUAGGAGCUGCUGUCUCCGUGUGUGAAGGGGCCUACUUUGUGGCUCAACUGCUGGCCAUCUGUUUCAAGUGCCAGCCAGGGUCCCUGGCCCACAGAGCAAGAGAGAAGACCCACUGGCUGGGAUGCUUCCAGAAAUUCCUGGCCUAUAUGCUGCUCUCCGUGGCCUGCUUUCUUCACCCUGUCCUUGUCUGGCACGUAACCAUCCCAGGCUCCAUGCUUAUCAUCACUGGCCUGGCCUACUUUCUACUGAGCAAGCGGAAGAAGACCAAAGCUUCCCCGGAGGUUCUGGCCUCCCCAGAACAGUACACAGACCCCUCUGGCAGUGCUGUGAGCACCACUGGCUCCGGGGACACUGAGCAGACUUACACCUUCCAUGGGGCCCUCAAGGAGAGGCCUGGAUCCCUCUUCAUCCACAUGAAGAGUAUCCUGAAGGGGACCAAGAAACCCAGUGCCCUGCAGCCCCCAGACACCCUUAUGGAGUUGCCUCUGGAGUCAGCUGACUCCCUGACCAAGAAGAAGCAGGUGCACUUUGAGGAUAACGUGGUCAGAAUCAUCCCAUCGCUUUCUGAAGGUGCGGAUGAUGAGGACAGUGAGCCGGAGGAGACUACCUCUGACACAACCCCCAUCAUCCCUGUCCCCCAAGCCCCGCUCCUUCUGUCUUCACUCAUGGCAACCGACCUGUUCUGAGCAGCUCAGUGAGGUGUCUACAUAGACUGAUGACCCUGCCCUGGAGCUUCAUCAUACCCAUAGACUCUCCAGGGAACUCAGGGUCUUUGUAGGUCAGCUCCUCCAGGGGUAAUCAGAUAUCCCCAAGAUGACUUGGGUCUCUGGGACCAUCAGGUGGUGCGACAUCCAGAAGUCCCGUAGAAACCUCCGGGAAGAUACAAAUGAGGCUCAUGCCACUUAGAACCAGUUUGGGGUCCUUCUUCCUGGUCAUGGUGCAGAAAUCCUUGUGCUUUGCCCAAAGCAACCAUCAUUUUGACUCUACAUAAGGCCAUAGGUACCACUGCUUCAGAACCAAAGGGACAGAGGAUGUCUGCCUUGGCCCAAAACUGCAGGGCUUCUCUUGCCCCUGACAUGGAGUCCAUUAUUGAUCAAGGGACCUAUGGAACAUUUCAUCUCUGAUGUGACAUCCCACCUCUGAAGGUUCAGGGAUGCAGUGGCAACUUGAGCAUCUCAAACAUAGGUGUUAAUGGUGAGCCCUUUCCAAGACUGUUCAGGGUGGGGACUAAGGGUUGCAAAUCCUCAGGGUGAGAGCAGCUGGGCAGUAAGCCACAUUCCAACCAUGCUCUGGGGCUGGGGCCAAGCAUCAGAAGUUGCAGAGCCGCUCAGGGAAACAAUGCCACUCUGUGCUCACUGCUGGGAAAGCAACACUCAUUCCAGAAGCAUUGCUGAGGGCUCCCUGAAUCCCCACCACGGGGUUCUUCCAAGAUUCCAAGUAGAUGAUGCAAACUAUGACAACAUUCACCAGUGACUGCCAGGCCCAGUACGCAGUGCUUGCUGUACCCCAGGAUCCCAGAGACAGUGCCCUGGAGAGUCACAUGGCACAGAGAACUGGCUCUGCCAUACUUAGCCACCUGCCAGUGGAAUGCAUGAUAAAUACAUGUUUGUUCAAAAUGGGAGAGAGGGAGGCAAGGGAAGGAUCAAUUGGAAGGUAAUCAUCUAGGAGACAAGUUCCCUGCCAAAGGGAUAUGGAGGUAGCGGUUAACCCAGAAUGAAUAAAUAUAUUUGAAUCACACAUCUUUUGGUAAAA